AUGCUGCAGAUUAUCUCGACUAUUCGAGCACGUCGACUACAUGGCUCCGUGUCGUUGUUACAGGACUCUACCAUUCUCAGCAAUCAUUUGAGCUCUUUCCAAGACAAUGAGGCUAAACCUGUCGUUCGACUUGCAAAGCUAAUGGCUCAAAAAAGUCUCUGUUCUCGUCGUGAAGCUGAAGCGUACAUCCAAGCAGGAGAUGUGCUGGUGAAUGGCAAACGAGUGCAGGCUGAAUGGAUCAAAGUACCUAUAGAUAGCGACGUCUGUCUCGACUAUCGAGCUCAGAGGCACCAGAACAAAAAGGUGACACUAGUAUUGAACAAACCCUUGGGUUUUGUAUCGUCGCAGCCUGAAUCGAACAAGACGCCAGCCGUUCGACUGCUUACCUUUGAGAACGAGUGUCAAGUUUUAAGUCGUGUCAAGCCUCGACAGAAUGUGGAACCUUUAAGUCUGCACAAAAUGGCCGUUUGUGGCCGUCUAGACGUCAACUCGACGGGAUUGCUGCUUUUCACUCAAGAUGGAAAAAUGGCUAAGAAAUUGCUAGACCCCAAGGGUGGAAUCGAAAAGGAAUAUCUUGUGCGUGUAGAUCUUGAUUUGGACCCGGUAACAGAUGAGAUUCUUAAGAAGCUAAAGGUGCUGCGGACAGGUGUGACGUCUGAGGAAGGUAUCACGUACAGAGCCAAGUCGGUAGAAAUACUGAAUGCAAAUCAGUUGCAAGUGAUUCUUACGGAAGGAAAGAACCGACAUAUUCGCCGCAUGUGUGAACAAGUUGGGCUGCGUGUGAUGGCUCUCAAGCGUGUACGGAUUGGAAAUGUCAAGCUUGGAUCAUUGCCUAUUGGACAAUGGAGAUACUUGCAACCGACUGAUAAGAUUUAG